AUGAACGACGACGACACGAUCACAGAUGAUCAGUUGAGGACAAAAAGAAUGUUUUUGCGAAACGCGUUCGAGCGAAUUCUUCGCGAAAGGGAUGUCCGCAAGUCGAGCAAUGCGCAGCUGAAAAAGGCAUGUGAGACUGCUCUUGAGAAACUAAAGGUCGAAAUUCAAAGCCGUGAACUUAGCUCCGUUGAGGCACACCAUGUGGUUCCGUCGAAAGCCAUGUAUAUCGAUGCGGAUCAGUAUUUUAUACCGUUCGAAUUGGCCUGCCAGUCAAAAUCUUCGAAAAUCGCCGUCAUUGCGCUUGAUUGCUUGCAAAAGUUGUUGGCGUACGGACAUCUGACCGGUAGUUCGGUUGAUCAACUGAAUCCGGAUCGCAUUUUAAUCGGUCGGAUUGUCGAGGCGAUAUGCGGCUGUUUUGUAGGGCCGCACACCGAUGACACCGUCCAGCUUCAAAUAAUCAAGGUGCGCUUCGCCGCAUUGUUAACCCUUGUGUCCAGUAACUUAUGUCACGUACAUGAAAGCAGCCUGUUGUUGUGCGUGCGGACAUGCUACAGCAUUUAUUUGGCCAGCCGCAACUUGAUCAACCAGGCGACGGCCAAGGCAACGCUCACCCAGAUGCUCACCGUUUCGUUCAGUCGUAUGGAAAACGCCGGGGCAACACGCGCGGUCAAGACCGAAGACCCUCAGGUGGUGUGUUCGAUGCUGCUGAGCUCCAUGGUCACCGAAGUAUGCUUUCAGCUAGACUGCACGAACGGCAGCUCCGUUACCUCUCAGUCAACCAGCGACAUAGCCACAUCUGAGCCCACAAACGAGACAUUGUCGACUUCCACCCUGGCGACUGGCUCCGUCGAAUCCCUUCCACAUGAAUCGUUCGAUGCCCAGUCAAGCGUCAGCGUCGACCUUGGAUCCGGUCAGCUGAUGUUCAGCAGCGUCGAAGAAAAGGAUUGUUUUCUACUGUUUCGAGCGCUGUGUCGCUUGUCUAUGAAACACUUGAACAUCAACCAGGAUCCGAAGUCACACGAGGUAAGGUCCCGCACACUGUCGCUGCAACUGAUUUUGUCCGUUAUCCAAAAUGCCGGCCCGGUAUUUCGUAAGAGCGACGUAUUCGUACAAGCAAUCAAACAGUACCUGUGCGUUGCCCUGAGCAGGAACGGCGUGUCGUCUAUCUUGGAGGUGUUUGAAAUCUCAUUGGCCAUCUUCUUGGCGCUGAUGGAAAAAUUCAAAGAGUACCUCAAGGCGCAGAUCGAGGUGUUUUUCCAAGAAAUAUUUCUUAACAUAUUGGAUGCACCGUCAAGUUCUUUCGAACACAAGUGGAUUGUCAUGCAGGCGUUGAUGAAAAUAACCGCAGAUGCUCAGAGCGUCGUCGACAUCUACGUCAAUUACGACUGUGAUUUGUCGUCUUCAAACAUAUUCGAACGACUCAUUAACGAUCUUUCUAAAAUUGCUCAAGGACGACACGCGACGGAACUUGGUGCAGCACCAGGCCAAGAAAACGUCAUGCGAAUCAAGGGUCUCGAAUGCUUAGUGUCCGUGCUGCGCUGUAUGGUGCAGUGGUCACAAGACUUGUACGUAAACCCGGCUUCGCAAUCGAAUUUGACCGAAGAAAGCAAUGGUAUCAUCCGUCAGUCUGGCAAUGCGUCGAAUGGGUCAGCCAUUUUGGACAACGAUCCUGUGUACCAGUUCGAGGAGAUAAAGCAUCAGAAGGAGAUACUCGAGCGCGGCAUAGAACUGUUUAAUCGCAAUCCGAAGCAUGGUUUGAAAUUCUUCCAAGAGCGGGGUAUCGUUGGCGCAGAUCCUUGGGACAUUGCUGCGUUCUUUCAUGCAGAAGAACGACUGGACAGAGCGGUCGUUGGCGACUACCUGGGCGACGGCGACGCGUUUAACAAGGAAGUGAUGUACGCCUACAUCGACCAAAUGGAUUUCAGCAACAAAGAGUUCGUGUCUGCUUUGCGUCUGUUUCUCGAAGGCUUUCGUCUUCCGGGCGAGGCGCAGAAGAUCGAUCGUCUCAUGGAGAAGUUCGCCAGUCGCUAUUGCGAGAACAAUCCUGAGUACGUUUGCAACUUUUCUAGAAUUGAAUAUUCAGCUGAUUUUGAAAAGCUGACUUCUCAUGUUUACAGCCUCGGUCUGUUUGUCAGUGCUGACACCGCGUACGUAUUGGCCUAUUCGAUCAUAAUGUUAACGACUGAUCUGCACAGCCCUCAGGUAAGGAACAAGAUGACUAAAGAGCAGUACAUUCGAAUGAACCGCGGCAUCAAUGAUAGCGGUGAUCUGCCGGAGCAGUAUCUGUCAGAUAUAUACGACGAAAUAGCUGGUAACGAAAUCAAGAUGAAGCACAACUCAAGCAGCUCUUUCUUGAAGUCGACAAACGUGUCCAGCGACAAGCGUCGUCAUCUCUACUAUAGCAUUGCCAUGGAGCAAAUGGCGAUCACGGCGAAAGCUCUCAUUGAAGCUGCCAGUCAUUUUCAGGCAUCGUUUACCUCGGCGACACACGUACAACACGUCGGCCCUAUGUUCAAGAUCGCUUGGACUCCUUGUUUGGCAGCAUUUAGCGUUGGACUGCAAGAUAGCAACGACAGCGAGAUUUCAUCGCUGUGUCUCGAGGGCUUUCGCUGCGCUAUUCGCAUUGCGUGCAUAUUUCACAUGGAGACCGAAAGAGAUGCGUACGUGCAGGCUUUGGCCCGAUUCACGUUGCUGACUGCACUGUCAGGUUUGACCGAAAUGAAGGCGAAGAACAUCGACACGCUAAAGACGUUGAUCACUGUGGCGCAGACUGACGGGAAUUACCUGGGGAACGCCUGGCUAGAAAUUUUCAAAUGCAUUAGUCAACUCGAGUUGGCACAACUCAUCAGCACCGGCGUGAAGUCCAAGUCAGUGUCGAUGUUUGGACAUUCAAUUUCCAAUCGGUCAGCCAGUGAGUCAAACGCUGAUGCCUUUUCUGCCGAGUACGUCAUGCGGUCUAGCGGCAUGAAUGUUGAUCAGAAGAAGAUUCCAGUUCUGCAAGAAUCUCUCGGCGAGACAAGUUCACAGAGCGUAGUCGUGGCAGUCGAUCGGAUAUUUACUGGUUCGACGAAGCUGGACGGCGAGGCAAUCGUGCACUUUGUCACGGCAUUGUGUCAUGUUUCCAUGGACGAGCUAAGCAACCCUGCGCAUCCGCGCAUGUACUGUUUACAGAAGAUUGUCGAAAUCUCUUACUAUAACAUGGGUCGAAUUCGUUUGCAGUGGUCUCGUAUUUGGGAAGUACUUGGAGACCAUUUCAAUAAGGUAAAGUAAUA